UGCGGGGACAGCGGCAGGAACGGCCGCAGGGCCGCGGUUUGGGCGGGGAGGCGGCCGGGGAGGGCUGCGGGGAGCGGCCCCUCAGGAGCGGCCCCCUCAGGAGCUGCCGCUGCCCCCGGCUGGGGAGAGACCCCUCGGGCCUGCCUCGUAGCCUCGUUAUUUGUGCUCGCCUUCUUUUUGUCGGUGACUGAAACGGCGUGGAAAAAAAAAAAAAAAACAAAACCACCGCAGCGGAUGCAGCUCUGGUGGCUCUGCCUGAGGCCGGAAGUACUGCGGAUCAGCCCGUCAUGGAGGGAACCAGGCAGACCAGGAUUUGUCGCCCACACAAGAUAAGUGAAUCCUCAAAGGUGUACAGAUGGGACGACCACUCUAGCCUGGUCCUGCAGAGUCUGAACGAACAGAGGCACCGAGGCCUAUUCUGUGAUAUUGUCCUCGUGGUGGAUGAGCAGAGAGUCCCUGCCCAUCGGAACCUCCUCGCUGUCUGCAGUGACUACUUCAACUCCAUGUUCACCAUUGGCAUGCGAGAAGCCCACCAAAAAGAAGUUGAACUCUUUGGAGCCUCUUACAUCGGUCUCAAGGCAGUGGUGGACUUCCUUUACGGCAGCGAGCUGUCUUUAGACGGAGGCAACAUCGAUUACGUGCUGGAAACAGCUCACCUGCUGCAGAUCUGGAAGGUGGUCGACUUCUGUUGCGAGUACCUUGAGAAUGAAGUCAGCGAGGAGAACUACCUGUACCUGCAGGAGCUCGCCUCUAUUUACAACCUGAAGCGCCUUGACUCCUACAUUGAUUCCUUCAUCCUGCAGAACUUCGGCACCCUGUCCUUCACCCCGGACUUCCUGCAGAACAUUUCCUUGCAGAAAUUGUGCCAGUACCUGGACAGCAGCAACGUGCAGCAGGAGUGUGAGCAUGACUUGCUGCAGGCUGCCUUGCAGUGGCUUACCCAGUACCCAGAAAGGGAGAACGAGGCUUACCAGGUUCUGGAUAACAUCCACUUCCCCUUGAUACCUAAAAGCGAUCUCCUCCACCGCGUCAAGCCCGCCGUGUGCUCUCUUCUUCCCAAAGAAGCAAACUGCGAGGGGUUUAUAGAGGAGGCGGUAAACUACCACAACAACGUCACCGCUCAGCCAGUGCUGCAGAACAAGCGGACGGCUCUGCGGACCUGCGAGGAGAGGCUCCUCUUUGUGGGCGGGGAGGUUUCCGAGCGGUGCCUGGAACUGAGUGACGAUACCUGCUUCCUGGACGUCCGAAAGGGGCAGUGGGUAGCAGAGACCCCUCUCCCAGCCAGGAGAAGUCACCACUGCGUUGCAGUCCUGGGAGGCUUCAUCUUCAUAGCCGGGGGCAGCUUUUCAAGGGACAACGGAGGGGAUGCAGCUUCAAAUCUCCUUUAUAGGUAUGAUCCCCGCUGUAACCAGUGGAUAAAGGUUGCCUCCAUGAGACAGCGUCGUGUAGAUUUCUACCUGGGAGCCAUCGGCGACAUGCUGGUAGCUGUUGGUGGCAGGAACGAAAACGGGGCGCUUUCUUCCGUGGAGACCUACAGUCCCCAGAAGGAUUCGUGGUCCUAUAUAGCAGGCUUGCCGAGGUUUACCUACGGCCACGCCGGCACAGUCUACAAGGAAUUUGUGUACAUUUCGGGAGGCCACGAUUACCAGAUUGGCCCCUACAGAAAAAAUCUGCUGUGUUACGAUUACCGCACGGAUGUUUGGGAGGAGAAGAGGCCGAUGAUCACUGCCCGGGGCUGGCACAGCAUGUGCACCUUGCAGGACAGCAUCUACUCCAUCGGUGGCAGCGACGACAACAUAGAAACCAUGGCCCGUUUUGACAUUUUGAGCGUGGAGUCCUACAGCCCGCAGUGUAACCAGUGGACCAGAGUUGCUCCUCUGCUGCAAGCUAACAGUGAGUCGGGGGUGGCUGUUUGGGAAGGCAAAAUUUAUAUACUUGGAGGCUACAGCUGGGAAGAAACGGUCUUCUCCAAGACAGUCCAGGUUUAUGAUAAGGAGAAAAAUAAGUGGUACAAAGGAACUGAUCUACCCAAAGCGAUUGCUGGUGUGUCUGCGUGCGUCUGUGCGUUGAAACCCAAAACAGAGGACAAAAAGAAAAAGACAAAAACAAAAAAGCAUCAAGAUCGAGGAAGAUGACUACUUCUGGAUAACCACCCUUUGAUGGUGGAUUCCAAAAGACCCUUGUAUUUAUCAUUUCUUUCUAACCUUGAUUCUUUAUUUUUCUUUUUAAAUGGGGCGGGGGGGGGUGAGGAGACAUCUUCUGAAGCCUCAGAAAUGUACAGUUGAAUGUGCUUUUUGGAUUAAGCUCAUGUUUAAGGCAAAAACGAGAAAAACCAAAAAGCCCCUCCUACUGUAUAAGGGGUGACGUGGCAAGAGAGGUUAUGCUGAUCUCCUGAAUGUUGAGGAUUAGUCUUUUACAUCUGUGGUUCAUGGCAUUUCCACACACAUCGUAUUAUAUUGACAUUUUUAAAAUAAGGUUGAAUCUUUGGCUGAGAUGAUAAUGUCAGGGGUGAGGAGGCAGAGUAGUAAGCGAUCAGUUGGAAGUUACAGAGCUUUUCAAAGGAACUCGGAAGGGACCGCUCUGAAAAAAUGAACCAGGUCUUCGAUGUUGUAAGUCUUGAAUUUUUGUAACAGUAAAAGUCCACUUCCAAUAGGCUCUUGAGUUGUUAGUAUCAGAUUUCUGGGACGUGUGAGUGUUCAAAGGAAAUACUUCUUUAGGUGAAUGCAGGUCAAAUCAGCUCAGAGAGCAAGUAACUCCACUGUGCUCUUAAGAUUAAGAAGGUCUUAUUUAUUGUGUGGCCAGAGAAUAGCUGGGGCUGAUUAGGGCUUGGAUUGAUAGCGUGGUGAUCUCUGAAAUCUGGGGAGUGAGGUGACUUUUGCGUCCCUUGUUGCAACACUUUCCGUAUCUAGACACAAUAGCAAGAAUUUUUUAGGCUUUAAAACCUGCCCUGGAAAGAGGGCAAAGAACCCAUUUAAAGAAGCUGAAAGAAGAUUUUGAGGAUUUGGAUGGUUUGCUUUGAGCUUCAAAGCAGACGGAACCGGUAGAGCUCGCUGUGAGGUUGGGGUUUGCUUUCACUGGGGUCCAGGGGGUAGGGAAAUGGCAGGAGGAUCCUUUAGCUGAGUGUGAAGCAGGAGUAUGUCCUUCCCCAGCCCUGCCCGGCUGUACAAGCUGGGAUUUGCUUCAUUUAACUUGGACCUCGCAGAGGUCACAGCUGCUAGCCAGUGGGAGCAGGGGCCCGUACUGGACUUGUCUGCUGUCAAGCAGCAGAUUAACCAGGAUGACUAAUUGGGGCUCAGUAAUCCCGAGGAAGAGCAACUCACUUUUUACCUGAGCCAGUAGCUCCUGCUUUCUUCCUUUUUCAGAUUCAGAUUGGCUUUUCGUGAGAGUAGCCUUUCUAAUAGGUUUUGUGGGGACUCCAGGCCAUCAGGUGUGCGACAGAGCCUCUUCCAGCGAGGUGGGUUCCGAAGGAAGAAACCUAAAGUACGCUCGGGACCGUGCUUGGGAUCCAGACAGUAGGACCGAACUCAAAUCGUCUGCUAGAUCGUGUGUCACACUAUCCUCUGCAUACCAAGUAAAGAGAUUUCUGCCCCAAGUGUUGGUUCACCCUCUACAAACGCAGCUGAUUCUGCUGCAGAUAUUAAAAUUCCCCAACUGUCUGGCCAGCUUGCAGGCAUUCACCCUGGGGUGUUUUACAAACGCACCUCUUGUGCGCAAGGAGUCGAUCACCAGCAAUCUGAUACAACCACUUCAGUUACUGUAAUAAUGCCAGGCCACAGAUUAAUGUUCCCCCUUCCCCAAAAUAAGUUUUUAGAAAGUUUUUAAAAACUUUUUCUACUUUUUUAUAACACAUUUUGCUAACUCCAGUCUCUUGUUUGCCAUAUGUUAUAUUAUUUACUACGGAGGCUACCGCUCCGUUCUUGUGGCCCCGUUGUUGCUGUCAGGAACUCCUAAUUUGACGGAUCUUUUAGUCUUUGUGUAGUUGGUUGGGAUGUGGUGCAGCUGUUAGAGCAGCAUUUGCAUUCCCAGCAUUGUCAGGCAGUCAGCUAUAAUUGUAACCAGUGUACGGCCUCUGCACUGACAGCCCAGCUCGCCAGACACGCUAAUAAACACGGUUUAUUUUCAGCUAUUGGGGAUUUGCUGAGUGGUUUGAUUUAAAGUUCUGCCGGGGAACUAUUGAUUAUAGUUUUUUUUUAUUUUCUCAGUCCUUCUUGCACCUCUCUCCUGCGCGCCAUAACCCCGUAUUUCGCAUUUGCCCUUUUUUCCACGUGGUGUACAUACGGCUGACACCUUGCUAAUAUCCUGCUACCCUCCCAGUUUGUUUUUUUUUAAAGGUUGGUUGGUUGGUUAUUUUGGCAACUAUUUACCUCAUUAAUUGGAAAACACUAAGAAAACAUUUUUGCACUUACCAUCGUUUGAACUUCUCGUAAUGCAGAGAAGUCUCACGUUACAAGAACCUAUGUGUAUUGGAAGAGGUACCUCUGAACACACUUCGAGUGCAAGGAAGUUACAGGUGUCUCCUUCAGUGCUAAGAAAUGAUUUAAGAAAACGAGUUGAAAUGAGCUUCAGGAAACUCCGUAAGGUUUUUCUGUUUUGUUUUGUUUUUAAAAAGCUGAAGGAAUUGGUCUAAUUUGCAUUAAUGGAUUUGUUUUAAAGCCUUUGUACACUGCAUGAGGUAAUUGGUAUUCAUUUUUUAAUCCUA